AUGUCCAUGAAUGCAAACACCAUGAUUUUCAUGAUCCUGGGGGCCUCUAUCGUUAUGGCAAUAGCUUGCUUGAUGGACAUGAAUGCGCUGUUGGACCGGUUUCACAAUUACAUCUUACCGCAUUUAAGGGGAGAAGAUCGAGUUUGCCACUGCAACUGUGGAAGGCAUCAUGUCCAUUAUGUUAUUCCAUACGACGGGGACCAAUCGGUGGUGGAUUCCUCGGAGAAUUACUUUGUGACUGACAAUGUAACCAAGCAGGAGAUUGAUCUGAUGCUGGGACUUUUGCUGGGCUUUUGUAUAAGCUGGUUUCUGGUGUGGAUGGAUGGAGUUCUCCAUUAUGCUGUGCGAGCCUGGAGAACCAGCCGACGGUACGACAAUUCUUGGUCUUGGAUUCCGAAAUUUUGUAACUUGAAGGAGUUCAGGAAACGUCAGCACAGGCAGUACGAGGAGGCCACGGGGAACAUGGUGCACAUCAAACAGAAGCUGUAUCAUAACGGACAUCCCAGCCCCCGACACCUCUGAGAAACGCCUUCCCCUCCAGAGACUGCAAAGCGAUUUUAGAACUGGGCUUUUAGGGGAACGCCUGUGAGUUCGCUCCUCUAUGGAAGACAGUGGAGGAUGCCAUUUUAUUUAUCUAGGCGGGGUGAUUCUGAGGCACACCGCGAAUGCACAACUAAGCCAGUUCUGGCUGCAAGGCAGCCAAGACA